CACAUCUAAAAACAGAGUACAACUAAAACAGAGCACAUCUUCAAACCCACAAAGGCAAUAGCACAGUCGAUCCCAAAAAUGGCAGCUCCUUGUACCACAUUCUCAUUCUCUCAUAUCACGUUCUUCUUCUUCCUCCUCUCUCUGUUCUUCGCUUCAUCGAUGUUUGAUCGUGUUUCGGCGGGUUACGGCGGCUGGCAGUCCGCUCACGCCACCUUCUACGGCGGUGGUGACGCCUCUGGCACAAUGGGGGGAGCCUGCGGGUACGGAAACUUGUACAGUCAAGGGUUCGGAACCAACACGGCGGCGCUAAGCACGGCGUUGUUCAACAACGGGCUGAGCUGCGGGGCGUGCUUCGAGAUGAAGUGCGUGAACGACCCACAAUGGUGCCUCCCUCGCUCCGUCAUCGUCAGCGCCACCAAUUUCUGCCCGCCGAACCCAGCCCUGCCCAGCAACAACGGCGGGUGGUGCAACCCGCCGCUGCAGCACUUCGACCUGGCACAGCCCGCUUUCCUCCAGAUCGCAAAGUUCCACGCCGGCAUCGUCCCGGUCUCCUUCCGCAGGGUGCCCUGCUGGAAGAAGGGAGGGAUCAGGUUCGCCAUCAACGGCCACUCCUACUUCAACCUGGUGCUGGUAACCAACGUGGGAGGCGCCGGUGACGUCAAGUCGGUGUGGGUGAAAGGGUCGAGGACAGGGUGGCAGGCGCUGUCCAGGAACUGGGGACAGAACUGGCAGAGCAACGCUUACCUCAACGGCCAGAGCCUGAGCUUUUCCGUCACCACGAGUGACGGUAAAACCGUCACCAGUAACAACGUGGUUCCUGCUGGUUGGCAGUUUGGCCAGGCUUUCGAAGGCUCCCAGUUUUAGAAUCAUUUUUUACAGUUCGACAGUGAGAAUUUUAGUGCCUGUAUUAUAUAAAAAAAUGUGUGUCUCUAGAUUGAGGUUUGUGUGGAUAGUUAGGGGUCUGAGACUCUGAGUGAGGGUUACUUUCUAUUUGUGGGGUAAAUUUUAGGCUAGCUGAGGUGUCUAAAGAUUAGCACCCGCUAAGUCUUUUCUUUUCCUCUUUUCUUUUUACUAGAAAAUUUAUGUACCUGCAUUUAUCGCAAGAUAAUAAGUUACGGUUUGGGUGUUUGAAUUAUGAAAAGAUAAUCGUGAGAUUAGACUAGUCAAUUUCGUGAAAAAAUGAGCUUAAUAAUGAUAAUUAUACAUG